GCGAUUGGAAAAUUGAACUUCUCGCCAUCAUGUAAUAACAGAGGAAUAAAUUCAGGUGAUAGCAUGGAGGAAAGUAUCUCCUCUAAUGCGGCAGAUGCAGGGGAAGUUAAAGAGAACGAAAUGAAGAAAGAGCGACCCACAAGCCUAGACUUAGAUAAAUGCGACGCAGGCAAUGACGAGGAGGUUAAAAUUCAAGACGGCAAGAAAUCAUCUACCACAAGAAAACCGAAAGAGUUCUCCUCCUCCCAAGAGGAUUUGCUGGAAAGUCUUGAUGAUGGCGAUGAAAGUGGCCAAAGAACUUCGCCUAGAAGUAAGAGUAUAACACAUAGUCUGAAAUCAAAAAUAAGGGAUUUGAGUCCAUCAAGGAGAGCAACACUACCCAAUGCUAAACCAGAGAGAAAAGGAAGCAAAGCUGGGGAUAAAGUCAGAAAAUCACCGAAGUCACCUGGUAAUUGGCUUCCUGCUUCAUUCAAUCAGAUUUUUUCUAGUUAUAAGACAAAAUGUGGAGACUUCAAAAGAUUAUUUAAAGAACUUCCUGAGAGUGAGCAAUUGAUUGUAGAUUAUUCUUGUGCAUUGCAGAGAGAUAUUUUAGUUCAUGGCCGCCUCUAUAUCUCACAAAACUGGCUCUGUUUCUAUGCCAAUAUCUUUGGUUGGGAAACAUUUGUGACCAUUCAGUGUAAGGAUAUAACUAGUAUAAAGAAGGAAAAAACUGCGCUGGUUAUCCCCAAUGCAGUUCAAGUUUUUACAGAGUCUGAAAAGUAUUUUUUUGCUUCACUGAUAUCAAGAGAUACAACUUACACUGUGUUAUUUAGGAUUUGGCAAAAUGCACUUUUAGAUCAGCCCAUGACCCCAUCAGAACUUAUCCAGCUAGUUGGAAAGUACUCAGAAGGAAGAGAAGACAGUUCUGAGAAUGAUGAUUCAGAUGAUGAUGAUGAAAAACAUGGGGUGUCUGAAGACUCUGUAAGUGAGGAUGAUGUUGAAGGUGAAAUACCCUCAGACAGUUUAUCUUCUCAUAGUCAAAGCCAGAGCUCUCUAGGAACUGAAAAUGGACCAGGAAAUCAGACUAUACCCAGCAAGGAAGGUGAAAGAGCACCAAAAGUGGCUAUCACCCCACCUUCUCCAGGGGCAUCAUCAUCACCAGGACAGGACUCAGGCCAGUUUCCAGCCUCUGAAGAUAGGAAGAGCUCCAAUGAGGCCAUAACAGGUAGUCAUCCCCAGUCCAGAAUAUUAUCUCCUCAUCUACAGCUUAAAAAUUGGAUGAGGUCUCCUGGUGUUAAAAAAAGAAAGGUGGAUGUGGAAGAUUCUGCCGAGACAAAGGAAAAGAAAGACCUGAGCAGUGAUCUGGAAGAAGAGGGUACAGCAUCUGAUAACCAUGAAGAUGAACUGGAAGAACUCCCAGUGAGUUGUAUGUGUGAGGCUCAUCUCAGCAAAGAGUUUUUUAACGAGGAGUUUCCUGUUAGCGUAGAUACGCUAUUUGAAUUCCUGUUCACAGAGUCUGACUUCUACAAAAGAGUACAAAAGGAAAGACGAACAAAAGAUCUGGGGUUUAACCCAUGGGAGAUAACAGACGAUGGUCAGAGAAGAAUACUUACUUAUACAGUGUCACUAAACCACGCGAUUGGACCCAAAUUUUCGCCAACAACGGAAUAUCAGCAUUGCUUACCAGGAAGUAGUCCGGGAAAGCUGUACGUUGUACAAGCUGAGGUAAAAAACGAUGGUAUUCCUUACGGCGAUAGUUUUAGUGUUCAUUACAGAUAUUGUAUCACUCGCACUUCAUCUAUGGCCAGCAGAUUAAGAAUAUCAGCCGAAGUCAACUACCAGAAGUCAGUAUGGGGAUUUGUUAGAAAUAUGAUAGAGAAGAAUGCAUUGGAAGGUCUUGAAGGUUACUUCAAAUUUUUAGUGGAGAGUCUGAGAAGAGAAACUACAGAAGGACAGUGGCCUAAGAAAAGGAAGACAUCGCCAACCAGGAGACAUAAGAGGAACCGUAGUAUUAAGAGCAAGGAAUCAAUGGAAACAGCCACGGAGAAGACUGAGCAGGUCCAAACAGGCCUGCUGCAAAGAUUAUGGCCGAAGACAGCAAUAUCUGGCUUGCUAGGGUUAAGAUCCUAUGUGCCGGAAGUUGCAGUGAAAAACCCCCUUGCCUUGCUUGUGACAUUACUGCUUGGGGCAUUGCUUUUUUUGAACUUGGUUCUCGUGUACAGAUUGUUUUUACUUGAACGUGCGACUCAAACAGGAAUUUACUGGGAUGGUAGCAUCAAGGAUUUCCCUGCAGAUGCCAAGAAGUGGGCAGAACUUCUCCAACAACAGAAACAUAUCCAAGAGAUAGAAAUGAAAAGGUGGCGAGAAGUCCUUGCCUCAUCAAUUCAACUUAUGAACCAGGUCCAACAAUCACUGGACACUCUAAAGGAAGAUCUAGACAGAGAGCAUACUACUUCUCCCGCAAAAACCUAGUGAAGAGUACGCAGCAUUUUACUUAAGUCAGAGACGAAAGGUUUGCUGUAAAAGAGGAAGGGUCUGGUACGAGGCACAUCGAUAGGCGGAACUGUGCGUGGAAGAGUUUCAAGAAGGCUUUGCUGAGUCAACAAAAUAGUCUUCUCCACUUUGCCGUUAAUAUUUUGGCAAUCCCCAAAACAAAUGAUCUUUUCGGAAAGGAAAUGAAUACAAAUUAUUUCUAUUUUUCUCUAAUAUUGUUUUAGUAUUUUCGGACAAAAACGGUACGUUGGUUAUACAUUUGUUUUCCGGUUAAACCGCGUUAUUUGCACCGUAAGUUCUUCUGUAGAUCAGCUUGAACGGGUGACUUUCUCAUCCCUCUAACCCUCAAAAUUGUAAAUAUGGUACAAGGAAUUAACGUUUCAAUGCAUUCGCCAAGAAAGCAAUUUACAAACGAAAACCUAGCCAUGUUGUGUCUGUAGCAUUCACUGACGGUGUGGUACGAAACCACAUUUAUUUACAAUUCACAAGGUAUUCCAUUCUUUAAUGGUUUUUAAACAUAACAAAAAAGAAAGUAUAGGUAAUGCGAAAAUCUGUACACACCUCCAAGAGAAAAAAAGGCAUUCAAUGCUGUCAACGUUUAUUUUCUCAGUUCUGUUAAAGUCGUAAAUGAAAAAUGUAGUCCCCUUUCCUUAAAGGUCAAUUAACAAAGAAUAGUAGAACCUUGCCAACUUAGAGUUAGCGGGGUUCUACUGUACAUAGCAGGAUAUGCGUUUUUAUAUGACUUCCUUGUUUUCUGAUCUGCAAAACAGGACACACGCACCAAAACAUAGUCAGUCAGUCAAUCAAUCAAUCAAUCAAUCAGUUUAUUAACGUCAGGACGUAGGUUAGGGUUGUUCUUACACCAUCCGAGCCAGAGGCUCUUGUAUAAAACGCAUCAUCGAGAUCAUAGGACGCAAUUCAACGUUAUUCGAAGACAGAUUUGACCAUCGACUUAAAAAAAUAGAGGCGUUGAUUUUAAGGUGGCUGGAAACAGUUUUUCGAGUCACCUACCGACUAUAUUCAAAGCGCUCAAAUACCAACUCGCCCUCUUCACAAUUGAACCAAUUUAACACGUGUUUUGACCAUAGUAUUAAAGUUUGAAAUAGUAGGCGUGGCAUGGUAAUCACUAUUAUUAUGCUAGUGUUAUGGGGAAGUCCCGUAAGAUAGUUUCUGGGGACUCAGAAAACUGUUUCUAGCCACCUUAAUCCAGUUUAAAUUAUGUAAGCUUUGCAAGUAAAAGAAAAUCUUAUCAUAUUGACACAAGAAAAUGCGUAUGUAAGUUACUGUUCAGAAAUUAGAAAGUGUAAUUCGAGGAAAAGUUAAUUAUACAUACCUCUGAGGUUUUUGAAUAAA